AUGUCUUAUAAUACUGUAAUUAGCUCAAAAGUACAUGUAUUUCAGUUCAUUGAAGGCAAUGUUAAAGACCAUGGAAGUGAAUUCGAAAUAAAGAUCUUCCAAAAUAAGAAUUUUGAUGGUAGAUUCCAACUUGUACAGUCAUACAGCCAGGAAAUCGUUCUUGAAGCUGCAAUUCGAGAUAUCCUUAAUGUACAAUAUAUUAGUGCAGAGCAAAAAGCCUUCUUUGACGUUCGUUUCAACAAUAAAAUUCACAAUUUUGCAAUUGUUUUCAGCAAUGAUAGAGAUUUAAGAGCAUUUGUCCAAGCAUAUACCAAAGUCAGCUUCGAAAACAACGAAAGACGUCCAGUAGAUGAAUCAGAUGCCGAAGAUAUCCUUAGAUUUAUGUCAUACUUAUCAUUAGACGAUCAGAAGCCUACAGGAGAAGAGCACAAUGCUCGUCCAGUCGAAUACACAACAACAGGAAGGAGUGAUACCGGUAAAAACAUCAUUCUUCAAUCAAGUGAGAGAAGAGGUGAUGCUUUAGUUCUUAGAAAAUACGAUUCGAAGUGCUCGGUUGGUAUGUUUGAUAUUAACGAUAAUUGCAAGUUCAUGCAAGCCAUUCCAACUCUUCAAACAGAUAUCGGAACUACAUUGCUCGCAAAAGACAUGUUACGCUUCAACGAUGAAAAGUCUCUUUACCUCCUCGAUGAUAAUAACGAGAAAACAAUUUACAACUUAGAUUUAAACCGCGGAGACGUAAUCAGCCAUUUCGACACUUCCUACAACGGAGCUCCCCAGACAGUUCUCAAGAUUAUGCCUGCCUCCGAUGGAAAUGACGAGUCUACGUUCCUCGGAUUUAAUUCUAGAAACACUUUGAGAUUUGAUCCAAGAAUUGAACAACUUGCAGAGAAAUCCGACUACAAGAGCGAUAACAAAUUUACUGCAGGCAAAGCCUCGUGCUCUGGAAAGCUCGCAAUGGGCUCUGCGAACGGAAUUCUUAGAUUAUAUUCCGCACCAUGCAAGAACCGUGCAACAACUCAAUUCCAAGUCAAUGUCGGUGAUCAGCCAAUCACAUGCAUUGAUAUAUCAAUCGAUGAAGAGUGGGUUGUCACUGCAUCUCCUUAUUAUAUCUCAUUAGUCAAUACUUUCAUUCCAUCUUCUGGCAAAUUAGCCUUUAAUGCUGCCAUGGGCCGUGAGAAGCCUCCGUGCAUGAGAUUGAUCAUUAAUCCAGAACAUCAGCAAAUUUUGGCGAAAUACCACGGAGGAGACAUUCCUGUCUUCUCUUCCGUCAAGUUCGAGUCAAGAGGUGCCAAACCAAUUGCAAUUGUCGCAACAAUUGGAACCGCAAUCGUUUCUUGGGACUUCAAGAGAAUUAUUGAAGGAAAAAGACCAACUUACUCGAUUUCUCUUAUUGGUGGCGAGGUCCUCGUUGAUAAUAAACCAAUCGAGAAGACUCGUGACAUCUUGUUUAUGUCAGAAAACCAAAUUAAUUUUGUUAACAUGCAUAAGUAA